AUGAUGAAGGGACAAAACAACGGAAAGAUGCAGAUGGCUGUCCGGAUCGUCGCCCCCGCCUUCGAGAUCAUCCACCUCCUCACCAACCAAAACCCCAUCCAAAUUCUGGUUGAUGCAAUCGAUAACACCGGUCCCCAAGAAGACUCUACUCGUAUUGGCUCUCAGGGAACUGUCCCGGAACUUGCCCUGGUUGAACAAGUGGCCGAGGCGGCAGAAGCUCACUCAGGGGUAGCCUGCAACCACUGGGCCAUGGGAGGCAAAGGUGUGAUCAAUCUUGCCAAGGCGCUGAUUGCCGCAUGCGAGGGACCGUCAAACAAAACCUUCAAGUUCCUCUACGAGCUCGACCAGCCGUUGAAGGCCAAGAUCGAGAAGAUUGCCUUGGAGAUGUACGGCGCUCAGGGUGUCAGCUACAGCAAGGAGGCCAAGAGUCAGAUUGCGGCUUACAGGAAGCAAGGCUUUGGCGGAUUCCUGAUCUAUAUGGCCAAGACUCAUCUGUCCUUGAGUCAUGAUCCUAAACUGAAAGGCUUCACUUUCCCUAUCCGCAUGAUCAAGAUGUCUGCUGGUGCUGGAUUCUUGUACUCAAUCGUUGGAGAGAUGUAA